AUGGACUCCUUCAACACGCAACUGCCAAGAACUUCAAGCGACCCCUACUUCAAUUUGGGAACAUUGAGUCGCAAAGUCAGUACCAAUUCACAAGAAGCCCAGAUAUGGUUUGAUAGGGCACUUGUUUGGACAUAUUGCUUUAAUCAUGAUGAAGCAAUCGCCUGCUACAAGCAGGCAAUCCUGCACGACGAGAACUGCGCCAUGGCCUAUUGGGGAAUAUCUUUCUGCUCGGGGUCUAAUUACAACAAAACAUGGGCGCUGUUCGACGAAAGAGAUCGAGUCAAUGCAAUCAAGCAGUGUUAUAUAUUUUCCCAAGAAGCGCUGAAGCGGGAAAACAAUGCGUCAGAUUGGGAGCAAGCGCUCAUCAAGGCUCUUGCAAAACGCUAUCCCAACGAUGAUCCGAGUAGAGAUCUUGCUGGAUGUAGCCGAGCGUACGCCGAUGAAAUGAGAGAGGUGUAUAAAAAAUUCGGUACCGAAGAUUUCGACAUUAUCACUCUCUUCGCCGAUGCAUUGAUGAAUUGUGCUCCGCGAAAGUUAUACGACGCCUCCACGGGGCUCCCGAUAGAAUCUUCACCAGUAUUCGAAGUAAAAGACCUACUUGAUCGGGCGUUGAAGAUGCCGAAAGUCGAAGUGCAUCCAGGUCCCGCGCACAUGUAUAUCCAUCUGAUGGAAAUGUCCGCGACUCCUGAGGCUGCUCUGCCGGCAGCAGAGAUGAUCCGCGAAAUAUUCCCCGAUACAGGCCACACCUUCCACAUGCCUGCGCAUAUCGAUGUUCUUGUGGGCGAUUAUCGACGCGCUGUGGAAUACAAUCUGAAAGCGACCGUUGCAGAUGACAAAUACUUUGAAUUGAAUGGCGGCUUGACGUUCUACAGCUACUAUCGCCUACACGACUAUCACUCCCUCAUCUAUGCUGCAAUGCUUGGUGGAAAAUCAAAGGCAGCGUUGUCAGCGACGGAUCGAAUGGAAGCGACUAUCACGGAAGAAAUUCUUCGGGUUGAAACACCUGCGCUUGCGAACUGGAUGGAAUUUUUCAAGGCUGUCAGAGUCCAUGUACUCAUUCGCUUUGGAAUGUGGGAAGAACUCAAAAAACUCGACCCGCUAGAAGACAAGGAUCUAUAUUGUGUGACGAAUGUUAUGCGACACUAUGGAAAGGCCAUUGCGUAUGCGGCCACCUCUCAGCUUAACGAAGCUGAGAAAGAGCGAGAACUCUUCGAAAUCGCUUCCAAGCUCGUUCCUCCAACUCGUCUCGACUUCCCUAACAAAAUAACCGACAUUCUUAAAGUAGCAUCUGCUAUGCUAGAUGGCGAAAUUGGGUAUAGAAGAGGUGAUUAUGAGGAAGCAUUCUGCAGAUUACGGGAAGCAAUUACUCUGGAAGAUGAGUUACCUUUCGCUGAGCCAUGGGGGUGGAUGCUUCCAGCUCGACACGCAUAUGCAGCCCUUUCAUUGGAACAAGACAGAGUUGAGCAAGCUGCACAGGCUUACGCUGAAGAUUUGGGGCUCUCCCCAACCCCCAAACGUGCCCAUCAACACCCGAAUAACGUUUGGGCUUUGCAUGGUUACCACGAGUGCCUUCAACUUUUGGGUCGUCAUGCGGAGGGAAACAUUAUCAAGAAACAACUUUCCCUUGCUCUUGUGGAGGCAGAUGUUGAAAUCACAUCUUCAUGCUUUUGUCGGCUUGGGAAGUUGCCUUCUUCUAAAGUCAAUGGCUGCCACAGUGUCGAGUCGAAGUGUAAGGACUAG